GACGCCAUGACGAUAUCGGAGAAUGUCAAUGAUCUAGGGGAUUUGGUUGCUUAAAGAUCAUAUAGAGGUGUUUGCUGAAGAGCUAGUGGUAUUUUCCAGGAAGUGCGUUUUCUACAUACAGCGUUUGAGAGGAAUUGUACUUAAAACAGGUAAGUUUUGUUAUCAGCUAGUGAAGGAAAGCCAGGUAAGGAUUAUCCAAGGAGAUAGUGUGUCUGGAUUGAGCAUUGAUAUUUUGCACAAUAACAAUUGAAGGUCUCAAAUAAGGAUUCACAAAAUCUAUUUGGUUGAUAUCACGAUUAUAUCAUAAUUUUUCAAAAUAUUUUGAAAGUAUUUGAUUUAUAUGAAGAAUUGUGAGAAUUGGAUGAUUCUACUUCUUUAGAAUAUAGAUUAAGGAAUGCUAAAUACUCCAACUCAUACACGAAACCAGUCGGCAUCGACUCCAACGUUAAAAGUUGUGUUACUAGGCGAUCUGGGGGUUGGUAAAACAUGUCUCCGUUCGCAGUUUGUUCAUCAUAUAUUCACUAAUGCUUAUAAAACAACUAUUGGUGGAGACUAUCUCACCACCAGUGUAUAUCUACCUACUGAUGGGGCUGAAUCAACCCCUACUUCCACCAUCGUGACCCAACCAGGUAUUGAUAAUGAAAAUUAUUUGGAUUUGGAUGAAUCAAGCACAAUGAAUCCAAGAAAUAGAUACUCAAAUCAACAUUCAAAUAAUAAUAAUGAUAAUUUAACAGAAAAAGUGAAUCUUCAAAUAUGGGAUACUGCGGGCCAAGAAAGAUUCAAUUCGAUAUCUCAAGCAUUUUACCGGGGGACCGAUGUUGUGGUUCUAGUAUAUGAUAUAACAAACUAUGAAUCGGUUCUUAGUUUAAGUGAUUGGUUUAGAAGAUUUUUAGAUCAUUGUCAUGUUGAUAAUCCUGGGGUCAUGAUCAUUGGUAAUAAACAAGAUAAAGCUAAUGAACGAUGUAUUGAAUUAGAUGAAAUUCAAGAAAUUUUGAAUAAAAAUUCCCAUUCAAAAUUUAACGAUUUUGUCGAAGACUGGGAUAUAGAUUUAAGAGAAGUCACUUCUAAAAGACUAGAUCUUGUUGAUGACUUAUUUCUUCGUGUGGCUAGACUUGGUCUUGACCGUUUAAACAAUGAUUCUAAUAAUUCAAAACUUAAAGGCCGCAAAAGAAGCAUGUUAAGAUUUGACAAUAUUGAUCUAACCGAUAUCAAUCAUUCUUCUUCCAGAUGUGCAUGUUAAUUGUUAUUCACC